CUGAGUUUGGACCUCAGUGGUAAAGCGAAUUGAAUUCCGGUCUCACUGAACAGUCAGUAGUAGAGCUCACUCCUUUGUUCUGUUCUUCCUUAUUUAGUUUUUUUUUUUAAACAAUUUAAAGAUGCCAACUUUUCCAAAUAUGGAGGAAUUAACAGAGAAAGCUCAAAUGGAGAUCCAUGGACGGUAUAGUGAAAGGAGAAGGCAUGACAGUGAACAGUCGUUGUGCAGCGUACCAGAGUCCAAUGAUCUGGAGGCUGCCGAAGCCCUGGUCUGCAUGAGCUCCUGGUGGCAGGCAUCUCAAAGAUUAAGCAGCUUCAAGCUUCGUCCUCUCACACCGGCCUCCGAUUCCUGCGACUCCCUUCUGCACCCUGAACCUUUGGAGACUCCCAGCGACUUUGUCUCCCUUUCUUCACUGUGUAUGACACCGCCUCACAGCCCUAGUUUUCCUGAGACUGUUUCUUCCAUGCCAGUGCAAACCUCACCCUGCCCUUUGACCCAUACUUGCACUAAUGUCAUCAGCCCUAGACUCCAGCGACCUGCUGAAACCUCCUCUGCUGAAACGACACAUCUCAAGUCGCUACCUACCACUGCGAAACCUUCUUCCCAACCUUGCCGAGCCAUGGCCACCAGUGUCAUUCGCCACACAGCUGACAGCUCACUUUACCAGAACAUUCCACGUCGACGUCAACAUUCAGCCCCCACACACACUCAGCAAGCACCACAGUCAAGUGCUACUUUGCCAGCUUCUUCACCCUGCCAGUCUCAAAAAUCCAGCACCCCAUCAGAAACAUGUCUGAAGAGCAGUGUCCAAACCCCCAGUGACAGGACCCCUUUCCAGUCUUCUCCUAUUUCAGUACCUCCCACUCCCAAUCCAUCAAUCAUAUGCCAGAUGUUUCCAGUGGCUCAACAAGGACUUAUUUCUGCAGCAAUCAUUCAGAGUCCGUCCCAGAAGUCCAUGCUGCCACAGCCAGUCUUUGUUGGUUCUCCAGUUCCACAAGGGACUGUCAUGCUGGUGAUGCCUCGGGCAUCAGUGGCUCAGAAUCCACAGUGCCCACAGCACACAGUCGUGACGCUGGGCAACACAAAGCUGCUGCCUCUGGCACCCGCACCUAUCUACCUACCCUCAGGGACGAGUGGCACCACGCAAUCAGAGUUCUCCCGUAGGCGCAACUAUGUGUGCAACUUCCCGGGCUGCAGGAAGACCUAUUUCAAGAGCUCGCACCUUAAGGCACAUCUCAGAACUCACACAGGUGAAAAGCCAUUCAGCUGUAACUGGGAGGGCUGUGAUAAAAAAUUUGCACGCUCUGACGAACUCUCACGCCAUCGCCGAACACACACCGGUGAGAAAAAGUUUGUCUGUCCUGUUUGUGACAGGCGCUUCAUGCGAAGUGACCACCUUACAAAGCAUGCCCGACGUCACAUGACCACCAAGAAGAUCCCCUCCUGGCAGGCAGAGGUUCGAAACCUCAACAAGAUAACGGCCAAGGCUCUACCAAUCAGCAUGCUUUUACCAGCUUCAAAUUGAAUCUGAUCGAGGCAAACCUCACACUCAGAUCCUACACAGACUCUAUAUUGGAGUAUAAGGCUGCUAAUAAAUCUCAUGGACAUACUUAAACAUGCA